AUGAGCCAGGAACAGCUGUUGAAGCUAUGGCGAUUUUCCAAGAAAACAAGCUCAUUCGAUGCAUUUGUGUCUCACACCUGGUGGACACCGGGAUCUCAGAAGUUCAUUUCUUUAUUACUUCGUUUCUACUGGCACUAUGCCGUAUUUGCUGUCAUUGUGGCGAGCACGGUGAUCCUGAUCAUGUACAGGCUGGACAUCUUGCCCAUGCCUUUAAGGUUCACAUCACAGUACGUUUUAUUCCCAAGAACCAUUCCCUGUGGGCCGUGGGCGAGUCUGUUCGCAUUCCCGGUCUCGCUCAUUGCCUUACUUUGCGCUCCUCUCGUGCCCUGUUCGAGCUUCGAUAUUUUCUACGAUGUUACAUGCAUUCACCAAACGGAUCCGGUGAUGCGCGAACGAGGUAUAUAUGGUAUCGGCGGCUACCUGACCGUUUCCAAAGAGCUCCGCAUUUUGUGGUCGGUGCCUUACUUGACUCGACUGUGGUGUAUAUUCGAGCUCGCUGGAUACCGCAAGGCCAAUCCAGAAGGCAAGAUCGUUUUCCAGCCGGUGAUGGUUGAACGUCACUUCUUCGUGCUCUGGGUCUGCAUGUACUUGGUCACAUGCAUAUUCCAGUUCCUGAACACCGGCUCAGCCAGGGGGGCGUUCCUCAUCGCAGCCGUUGUCGGUUGUUUUGCUCUCAUUCCCGGCAUCCAUGAAAUUCGGAGAGGCUUCCAGGAGCAAGAGCAUAGUCUACAGAACAUGGCAAACUUUGACCUUGAGCUCGUUUCGUGUUCCAGUGAUUUCGACAAGCGGUUUAUUGUCGCGGCGGUCAGCCAGUGGUAUGGAAGCGCCGAUGCAUUCACACAAUAUGUUCGUGGGCCUUUGCGGGAUGAGCUGGUGCAAGUGGUCGCCGAGAUGCAGGCUCCCCUGUCGUACUGCUUGUUGGCAUAUUCGCCUAUUGCCGGAACUCUAGUGGAUGUUCUGGGGGCACUUUGGCUCGCCGGCGCCCCCAGCGAGAUCAUGUUGGCCUUCGUGCUGGGACAGGUGCUGUCGUCCGUCUUGCUGACCACAGCCCAAUUGAAACUCCUGUUCAUGCUCGCGAGGCACUAUGCUCAGCCCAGGUUUGCAAGCCGCAAAAUGGACUACAUGCAGACUGUUGGUGUAUCGCUUCUCUUUCUCAUGCUCGUUGCUGUUUCGUUUGUGAGAACUUAUCUGUACUAUACUUUCGGAGUUCCUGGUGCCGUGGUGUGCCUCUUCGUCAUAGUGAUCAUAUUCAUUGCCACGUUCUUUCGCGACUUGAAGCAGUUAUGGGACCGGCUUCGCCAAGGUGUUUUGGGACUGGGCCUUAAAGGCCAAAGUCCUUGA